CGGUGUGAGCGGCAGCCAUGGCUGGGGGCGUGUGGGGCUGGGGCCGGGCCCGGGGGGGGCCCCUGGGUGCCCUAACCCUGACAGCUCUGGCUGAAGGGAUCCGGGCCAGCCGGGGGCAGCCCCUGGGACCCCCUGACACGGGCCCUGAGCCAGAACCUGAGCUGGAACCUGUGGUGGAGCCUAGGAGGGCGGCCUGCAUCCCCAGAGCCGGCAGCGAGCCCUUCCCCCAGCCCCCUGCCCAGGAGCCGGCUCCUGAGGGACCCCAUCAGACUGCCCGGCGUUCCCAGGAGGAGGGGGCCCUCGAGGACCUGGCCUUGUACACAGCUGCCUGCCUGGAAGAGGCUGGAUUUGCGGGGACCCAGGCAACAGCGCUCACCCUGUCGUCAGCCCUGGAGGCCCGGGGGGAGCGGCUGGAGGACCAGGUGCAUGGCCUUGUGCGCGGGCUGCUGGCACAGGUACCCAGCCUGGCAGAGGGGAGGCCCCGCCGGGCGGCCCUACGGGUGCUGAGCGCCCUCGCCCUGGAGCACUCUUGGGACGUGGUGUGUGCGUUGCUGCCGAGCUCACUGCCCCCCGACCGGGUGGCGGCUGAGCUUUGGCGCAGCCUGAGCCGGAACCAGCGUGUGAAUGGGCAGGUGCUGGUGCAGCUGCUCUGGGCACUCAAGGGCUUGGCCGGAUCCCAGUCGGAGGCACUGGCGGCCACUCGUGCCCUUGGGGAGAUGCUGGCCGUGUCCGGUUGUGUGGGUGCCACACGGGGUUUCUACCCACACCUCCUCCUUGCGCUGGUCACACAGCUACAUGAGCUUGCCCGGAGCACAUGCCCCCCUGACACCCCCAAGGCUUGGGCCCCAUCCCACCCAGGGCCGCCACAUAGCCACGCCAGCUGCACCGUGGAGGCCUUGAAGGCCCUGCUCACCGGGGACGGCAGCCGCAUGGUGGUCACGUGCAUGGAGCAGGCUGGAGGCUGGAGGAGACUGGUGGGCGCCCACACCCACCUGGAGGGUGUCCUGCUGCUGGCCAGUGCCAUGGUGGCGCAUGCCGACCACCACCUGCGAGGCCUGUUCGCGGACUUGCUGCCCCGGCUGCGCAGCGCCCACGACACACAGCGCCUCACGGCUAUGGCCUUCUUCACCGGGUUGUUGCAGAGCCGGCCCACCGCACGGCUCCUGCCAGAGGAGGUCAUCCUGGAGCGGCUCUGCGCCUGGCAGGGCGACCCCGAGCCCACCGUGCGCUGGCUGGGCCUGCUGGGCCUCGGCCAUCUGGCGCUGAACCGCGGGAAGGUGAGGGGCAGGACCGGGCGGGACCCGGCGGGGUCUGCGAGGGGCCGCCCACAAGUUCCUGUAUCGCACGCCCUCCAGGUGCGUCACGUGAGCACGCUGCUGCCCGCGCUCCUGGGUGCGCUGGCUGAGUCUGACGCUCGGCUCGUGGGCGCCGCGCUGGGAGCCCUGCGGAGGGUCCUGCUGCGGCCGCGGGCGCCCGUGCGGCUCCUGAGCGCCGAGCUGGGGCCACGCCUCCCACCGCUUCUGGACGACGCCCGGGAAUCAGUCCGCGCGUCGGCGGUCGGGCUCCUCGGGUCGCUGGUGCGGCGGGGCCGGGGUGGGCUCCGAGUGGGGCUCCGCGGCCCCCUGAGGAAGCUGGUGCUGCAGAGCCUCGUGCCGCUGUUGCUGCGCCUGUCCGAUCCCAGCCGGGACACUGCUGAGAGCUCAGAGUGGACCCUGGCGCGCUGUGACCAGGCUCUGCGCUGGGGCCUGCUGGAGGAGGUGGUCACCGUGGCCCACUAUGAUAGCCCUGAGGCCCUGAGCCGCAUCUGCCAGCGCCUGGUUCAGUGGUACCCGAGUCACGUGCCUAGCUUCCUGAGCCAGACUCAGGGCUACCUGCGGAGCCCACAGAAACCCCUGCGCCGGGCAGCCGCGGUGCUCAUAGGCUUCCUGGUCCAUCACUCAAGCCCCAGAUGUGUCAACCAGGACCUACUGGAUUCCCUGUUCCAGGACUUGGGGCAGCUGCAGAGCGACCCUGAGCCCGCUGUGGGGGCAGCGGCACACGUGUCCACCCAGCAGGUGGCGCUGCUGGCUCAGGCGCAGCACCACCUCUGCCGGCGGUGCCGCCCGGGCCUCCUGCGCCUCCCUCGCCUCCGCCGGUGCCACGCCCACCCUGCCCGGCCCCGACCCGUGUACGGAGACAGCCCGUUCCAGCCCCGGAGCCUCGCUGGUCGCUGGGACUGCUCAGGACUCGGCUGAGCCGCACUGCCCUCACCCGGGUGGGAGCCAGGGUUCUGAGUCGGGCACCCUGCCACUCUGUGGCCCUUCUUGGCAGGACCAGAGCUCCAGAAGAGGCUCCCCUUGAGGGGUACCCAGGGCUUGGUGCUGGACAUCAAUGCCUGCCAUCCCCCCCACUCCCGGAGCAUGCAAGGCCUGUUGCAGGGAGAGAGUUCUCUCCAGGAGCCCACCCCCCUGGACAGACCUGCUACCCCAAGGGAGCCUGUGCCUUCCGUCCAUGCACCGUUUCCCCCUCAGCCUCUAGCCUCUUACGGCCAGGCCAUCUCUCCUCCCUCGGGCCUGUGGCUCUCCGAGCCCCCUGCCAGGGUCUGGUGGGGGACACUGUGAAGCUGGCACACCCUGUGCUGCCGCUGUGGGCUGCCCUCUGCCUGGAGCCUGGCCAGGUCCCUCCCGGUGGCCCCAGCAGCCCGUUACCCCCCGCCGUGCGCUCUGCCCUCGCUGGCCAUGUCCCCUCUGCUCAAGAAGCACUCAUCUGUCCUCCUGUCCAGACCUGCUGCCCUGCCCUUGCUCACUGUGUCAGACCCCUCCGGGGCCUCCUCUGACCUCCCCACUGGACACCACAGGCCUGAGAUGAUGCCUGCGGGUUCGGGGAGGUGGGGGGGCACUGGCACCCUGGCCCUGGCUCAGGGUUGAAUGAAGACUUGACUGCACGUCCGGGGAUGAAGCCCCUGGGGAGGGCUCUGAAGCUGCAGCCCAGCCCCUCCAGACUCUGGCUGGGCAGCUGCCUCCACCUGGAGGCUCACCUUGCCAUGUCCCCUUGCCCGUUCAUGGCCCCCAGAGCUGCCUCCUCAGCAAAGGAGGCCUCAAGUCACACGGCCUCUUGGAGGCUGGGGUCCUGGCAUCUCUGAGGGAAGCAUUUAAAAUAAACACGCAGGUCGCAGCAGUUCAGCAUCCAUCUGGGGCCGGGCCAGGGCCAAGGUUGGGGUUCCGAUGAGCUAGGCCUGGUCCACGAUUGGGUUUGGGCUAGGAUUACAGAUAAAGCAGCACGUAGCCAGCAGCAAAGGUCAGCCCGGGGUGGGCGUGGAGGUCAGGCGACUUUCACCCUGAGAGGGCGGCUACAGGGGGUCCGGCACAGGCUGAGCCGAUGGGGCUCGGCAGGAAGGGGCCGGCUCGCUUUGUGGGUUAGAGGCAGGGGAGGCCAGGCUGAGGGCACGCUUCUGCGGGAAGCCAGAGGUGGGUUUUGGGGUAUUAGUUUGUAUCCUCCGAAGUAGAUGCCGGAACAGGAUUGAACGAUAAGAAAGUCAUCAAGAGACCUGCUGGAGAGGCCAGGAGGCCGUCAGACCGCAGUGAGGGAGCUGGGGCCGGGAGAGCGCAGCGCCUCCGUACCUGCUUACUGCACGCUUUCUAAGACCUAAGCUCUUUGGCUCCUCUUCACCUUGGUGUUGCCUUUCGAGUCCUCCCACCAAGGGGGCCGCAGGAGGAACACGGCCCCGGUGGACAAAGCCAGACCUGAGAGCCACCCAGCUUCCCCAUUCCCGAUAUGAGGGUGACUCCUAGGGCAUUUCUGUACGGGGAUUGGAAUGUUUGGGGCUCCCUCUAUCUUCUGUUUUAAUAUUGCCUUCAUGGAGUUCGCAUCGUGGCUCAGCAGUUAGUGAACCCGACUAGAAUCCAUGAAGUUGCGGGUUUGAUCCCUGGGUUAAGGAUCCGGCGUUGCCGUGAGCUGUGGUGUAGGUGGCA